AGAGGGCGCUGAUACAAGAUUUCAAAUUCUUUGGAUAACAUAUUACUGUUGCAUAGUAGCUUGUUGUUAUUAAUUGUAUAUAUAUCCAGCCAUAAUAGCCUUGCAAAAAAUUUACACAGUCCUUGUUUAAUUCACAUUUGUAAUAAAAUGAAACCUACCCUUGUAGCAGAUGAGAUGUUUCCAGAAGGUGCUGGAUCUUACAUCGAAUUAGAAGAGGUUGGAGGUAGUCGUUUGUUGGUUGAUUUAACUGCAAGUGAAAAAGCAGUACAUGCGGAUUUUUUCAAUGAUUUUGAUGAUCUAUAUGACGAUGAUGAUCUUGAAUAAAAAUUUAUAAUUUUGAUAGUAGCAAUAGUAAGAGUAAUUAUAAUGAAAAAGAAAAACAACUUAUAAAGCAUUCUAUAAAUAUUUAAUUUAAAAUGCUUUGUGAUAUAUAGUAGAAAUUGAAGUAAAAAACAUGGAACAGA